GCUGUGCUGGGCCGUGGGGGAAUGGGCGCUGGAGCUUCCCCUUCCCUGGGAACACCCACUGAUGUCAACCCGCCUGCCAAAACAGGGGAGAAGGAGAUGAGGGAGCCAGCUCUCUAGAGUCAGAAGGCCUGCGGACAGGGGCAGAGGGGAAACCGAAGUCCAAAUACCCUCUCUUCCGAGGCACCUCCUGGGGCCUGGAUCCACACAUCUGAUUGGGGGGAAGGGCAAAAGUAAGAUUACUUCAUUCCCAGGAAGAAGGUGCCAUAAACUGGAUUGGGGGAGGGGCAAAAAUAAAAAAUUACUCCAUUCCCAGGAAGAAAGUGGCCACAACUCUUCAAGACCAAGGUUGUGAAAAGGGAAGCUUUAUUUAGAACCUACUAUAGGUGACUGCAUUCACAAGCCAGAUAGCCCAGAAUGACCUCAGUUACCUUGAGGAUAUCGCUUCUUCUCAUGUAAGAUAAGGACAUCAUCCUCCUGGAUAAACUGUACUGAGGACGAGCUCAACAUUCAUUUUGCCUUAGUGACUUGCCAUCCCUCUGAAGACCAGAAGGCACGUUAUAAAACCAGACACUUCCGCUUGCAUUCUAUGAGCAAAAUGGAUAUGCCAAACCCCCCAACGUCCAAAUGUAUCACUUACUGGAAAAGAAAAGUUAAAUCUGAAUACAUGCGACUCCGACAACUGAAACGGCUUCAGGCAAAUAUGGGCGCGAAGGCUCUGUAUGUAGCAAAUUUUGCAAAAGUUCAGGAAAAAACCCAGAUCCUCAAUGAAGAAUGGAAGAAGCUUCGUGUCCAACCUGUGCAGUUGAUGAAGCCUGUGAGCGGGCAUCCUUUUCUCAAAAAGUGUACCAUAGAGAGCAUUUUCCCAGGAUUUGCAAGCCAACAUAUGCUAAUGAGGUCUCUGAACACAGUUGCCUUGGUUCCCAUCAUGUAUUCCUGGUCCCCUCUCCAGCAGAACUUUAUGGUAGAAGAUGAGACAGUUUUGUGCAAUAUUCCCUACAUGGGAGAUGAGGUGAAAGAAGAAGAUGAGACUUUCAUUGAGGAGCUCAUCAAUAACUAUGACGGGAAAGUCCACGGUGAAGAAGAGAUGAUCCCUGGAUCUGUCCUGAUUAGUGAUGCUGUUUUCCUGGAGUUGGUAGAUGCUCUGAAUCAAUACUCAGAUGAAGAGGAGGAAGGGCACAAUGACACCUCAGAUGGAAAGCAAGAUGAGAGCAAAGAAGAUCUGCCAGUAACGAGAAAGAGAAAACGACAUGCUCUUGAAGGCAACAAAAAGAGUUCCAAGAAACAGUUCCCAAACGACAUGAUCUUCAGUGCAAUUGCCUCAAUGUUCCCUGAGAACGGUGUCCCGGAUGACAUGAAGGAGAGGUACCGGGAGCUGACGGAGAUGUCUGACCCCAACGCGCUUCCCCCUCAGUGCACCCCCAACAUCGACGGCCCCAACGCCAAGUCCGUGCAGCGGGAGCAAUCUCUGCACUCCUUCCACACACUUUUUUGUCGACGUUGCUUCAAAUACGAUUGCUUCCUUCACCCUUUUCAUGCCACCCCUAAUGUCUAUAAACGCAAGAACAAAGAGAUCAAGAUUGAGCCAGAACCAUGUGGCACAGACUGCUUCCUUUUGCUGGAAGGAGCGAAGGAGUACGCCAUGCUCCACAACCCUCGCUCCAAGUGCUCCGGGCGUCGCCGGCGAAGGCACCACAUGGGCAGUGCUUCCUGCUCCAACACUUCAGCCUCUGCUGUGGCUGAGACUAAAGAAGGGGACAGUGACAGGGAUACAGGCAAUGACUGGGCCUCCAGUUCUUCAGAGGCCAACUCUCGCUGCCAGACCCCCACAAAGCAGAAGGCUAGUCCAGCGCCCCCUCAGCUCUGCAUGGUGGAAGCACCCUCGGAGCCCGUGGAAUGGACCGGGGCUGAGGAAUCUCUCUUUCGAGUCUUUCAUGGCACCUACUUCAACAACUUCUGCUCCAUAGCCAGACUUCUGGGGACUAAGACGUGCAAGCAGGUCUUUCAGUUCGCAGUCAAAGAAUCACUUAUCCUGAAGCUGCCUACAGAUGAGCUCAUGAACCCGUCGCAGAAGAAGAAAAGAAAGCACAGGUUGUGGGCUGCCCACUGCAGGAAAAUUCAGCUGAAGAAAGAUAACUCUUCCACUCAAGUGUAUAACUACCAGCCCUGUGACCAUCCAGACCGCCCCUGUGACAGCACCUGCCCCUGCAUCAUGACGCAGAAUUUCUGUGAGAAGUUCUGCCAGUGUAACCCAGACUGUCAGAAUCGUUUCCCUGGCUGUCGCUGUAAGACCCAGUGCAAUACCAAGCAGUGUCCCUGCUACCUGGCAGUGCGAGAGUGCGACCCCGACCUGUGCCUCACCUGUGGGGCCUCGGAGCACUGGGACUGCAAGGUGGUUUCCUGCAAAAACUGCAGCAUCCAGCGAGGCCUUAAGAAGCACCUGCUGCUGGCCCCCUCAGAUGUGGCCGGAUGGGGCACCUUCAUUAAGGAGUCUGUGCAAAAGAACGAAUUCAUUUCUGAAUACUGUGGUGAGCUUAUCUCUCAGGAUGAGGCUGAUCGACGGGGAAAGGUCUAUGACAAAUACAUGUCCAGCUUCCUCUUCAACCUCAACAAUGAUUUUGUAGUAGAUGCCACCCGGAAAGGAAACAAAAUUCGAUUUGCAAACCAUUCAGUGAACCCCAACUGUUAUGCCAAAGUGGUCAUGGUGAAUGGGGAUCAUCGCAUUGGGAUCUUUGCUAAAAGGGCAAUUCAAGCUGGUGAAGAGCUCUUCUUUGAUUACAGGUACAGCCAAGCUGAUGCCCUCAAGUACGUGGGGAUCGAGCGGGAGACUGAUGUCCUUUAGCCCUCCUGGCCCCCACGCCGGCGCUUGUUGUAGCAGCAUUGUCUUUGCUCUCAUGCACACACCACCGCUGCUCGACUUUCCUGCACUACGUGUCUCCCACACCGAGAAACCCCCCACCCACUCCCUGCGCAGCGAGGCCUCUGCUGUGUCCAGUGGGGACAGACUGUCUCAGUGAGAGAGGAGACAGAGGCAGCUAGGGCUGGGCUCCCAGGAGAGAGAGCCGCAGAAGCGGGAGACCGCAUCUCGGGCCUCAGAGGAAGAGAGCGCGGGCUAGGGGCGGGUGGCUCAGCGUGGUUUCUUGUCUGCUCCGUAGGUCAUGGGCCUCAGCAAUCAACCUGGGCAGUUCCUAACAAGCAGUGGCCUGUCAUUCUACCUUUCCAAGGCAAGGGUCCUUGUCUAAUUGAGUCACCAGCCCGUGUCUCUGGUUGGUCGUAGGACCGGAGAGGACGGGCUAAGUGAAGUUUGGUACCUGGAGCUUACGAGCAGCCUGGGUUAAAGGCAAGCCUGGUGUGUGGCACAGACUGAAUUCAGGGGGAAGACGGGUUGCCCUACUACCUCUUCCCUCCUGGCAGCGUUCAAAUUGAAGGAGUGUGAGUUCUGAGUGUAGAAAUUCAAGUAGAGAAUUCGACUAGAGAAGGAAAGCUAAGUGCCGUUCCUCCAUGGACAGAGAGUGAGAGCCAUCCAGAUGACAGCAGUUCAGCUGCUAAGCUUGGGGCCCACCAAGCUUUCAGAAACCUUCUCUGUACUCUGGAGACGGAUGGAUAAGUUUGCAGAUUCCUGAAAGCAGGUGCCAGCGCUGUCGGCUCCUUCCAAAGCUCGGCCUGGGCGCCUGCGGGCAGGUGUUGUGCUGCUACUGAGGACUCCCGGGGGGGGGGUGUGUCGGGCCGGCCGGGCCUGCGCACUCUGGUCCUGGCUAUGGAGCUGUCUUCAGGCUUUGCAUUCCCUUUAGAGGCUAGGCCCAUGGGGCCUCUGUUGCUUAUGUCUUCCAGCUAGAGGGGUGAAGGCCUGGACUAGAGAGGUGAGAGGUUGCUAAGGCGAUUUACUCUCCUGUCUGUAGCACCUGCUGUUGGAAAGGGUGAGUCGACGGCAUGUGUUUGGAGGUGGAUGAGGGGCUCCCAAGUUGCACAUGUGCAGGGUGGCACCAGGCUCGCAAGUGCACACUGGCAGAGGGUAUUUGAAGUGUUGAGAAGCCGGCCAACCUCUUGCGCCAGUACACAGCGCCAUUCUCUCUGGGACUCUUGAAGAGCAAAGCACUUUAUUUCUUUGAGAAGGUCUGUAGAUUGAGGUGGAAUUUGAGCUCACGUGUCUGGGAUCCCUGCCCAAAUCCCAUUCCUAAGGGAAGGGGAAGGAGAGGGAGUUGGAAAAUUCCCCCCCAGUUCUGUCCCAGCUCCCAGUGGAGGCAGGAGGGGCUUCCUUGACACACAGGAAGUGAAUGAGGAUGGGGCCAGCUCUAGGAGCCCACCCUGAGUCUGUCCUGGUGUGCUGAGCUGGCAAGGAGUAAGGAGCAUUGUGCUGGGUAAAAAGGACAGUGUCAGGGACAGGCUGGCCUGGGGAAUAUGAGCAUAGAGAGCAGGCUUCUCUUUUCUCUAGGGAAUCCAGGCCUUUCUUCCUCGGUCAAUACUGACCACUCCCUCCCAACGCCACUGGCUGUCCCACGAAGCAAGAAGUGGGGUUCCCUUUGGCCAGACUGUUGCCUAGGGAUUUUGGUGGGACAUGCACGCGUGCACGCGCACACACACACACACACACUCACAUCUCCACGCGCCACACUUGUGGGCACUCAUGCACUCAGCACGGAGCACACUCCCAGCCAGUUCCUGAUGGGGGCCUCUCUCCACCUGACCAGCUGGCCCCGCCACCAGUCCGAAAUCUGCAUCUGCUGUGGUUUGUAUUCAUUGUGUACUGGGGAGGCCCUAUAGUUGGAUCAUGGGCUCUGAAGUGCUCACAAAUUAUAGGGAAAAACCAGAGACAGAUGAAGAAGCAGGAGUUAGGUCUGUUAGAAAAUGGGGCUGGCUAUGAGGAAACCAUGGGGAAAAGUUACAGUCAGUCACUGAGAGGCUAGAUUGACCCCUCUUCCCUUGGCGCACAGAACCCCAUCCUUCCCGGUCUCAGACCACUAAUGGUCCUGUUCCACCAGCAUUCCUCUUUUCCCUGCUGUCCCCCACCUUUAAUGACGGGUCUCAACCCCUCCCCCCAGACAUGGAAUGAUGGAUGGAGCAAGGUGGUGGGGACUGGGUGGGGGAGGCUGGUCUAUGUGCGGCUUUAUCGCCAGUGAAUUUCACGCACUUUAAAGUCCUGUGGCUUGUGACCUCUUAUCUGAAUAAAGUGGUAGAAUCCA